AUGACUGCAGCCGGAGCCGCCGGACGAAACGUCAAAUUUGGGCCCUUUGAGGUCACAAAUCAGGUCUUCCUCACUACACCGUACUCUUUCGCGCUGGUGAAUCUCAAACCUCUGAUUCAAGGCCAUGUCCUCGUCUGUCCGCAUAACCCGCAUAAGCGUCUAACAGACUUGACGCCCACGGAGAUCUCGGAUCUCUUCACAACAGUGCAGCUUACCCAGCGUCUGCUUGCACGUGCUUACUUCCGCACCCCGGAACCUGAGGCCGGAAGCUUCUCAGUUGCUGUGCAAGACGGAGCUGACGCGGGGCAGACGGUACCACAUGUUCACGUCCACGUCGUCCCGCGAACGGCUGGGGACAUGGGAAGCCCGGAUGCCGUGUAUGUUAAGCUUGCAGGAGAGGAGGGUAAUGUCGGUGGCGCGUUAUGGGAUAAGGAGAUGGGAGCCCGACCGAAGCCGGGUGGAGGUUUGACGAGAGUCGAUGACGAGGACCGAAAAGCAAGAAGUGUUGAGGCGAUGGCUGGGGAGGCAGAACGAUAUAAGGCUAUUUUGAAGGAGAUGGGUAUCGAAUAG